UAGUUGGAAAACUUCAACUUUUUGCUCGUUUUGCCAGAAACUUAUUUUUAUAAAAAUUCUAAUUUGGUUUUUUGCUGCAGGAGCGUGCUUAAUCUGCAACAUUAAAUAUUGCUUUGAAGAUUAAAAAUUAAAAAGUGAUGGAUAACCUUGUGGAGAAAAUUGUCCACGAAGUUAAGUCGCAGGGGGUGUUCGAUGAAUUCCGUAAAGAUUCGAUGGCGGAUGUGGAUACAAAGCCCGCCUAUCAAAAUCUCAGACAGCGUGUUGACACAUCAGUGAAGAAGUUUCUGUCGGGGAUUUUGUGGACUCCAGACUUGAAUAAAAAUCAACUAAGAGAAAAGCUCAGGCGCCAUAUCACCGAAUCAGGAUUUCUAGAUGUGGGUGUGGAACGAAUAGUUGAUCAGGUGGUGAAUCCCAAAAUUGGCAGUGUUUUUCAACCCCGUAUAGAAGAAAUAGCAUACAAAUUUCUGGGUCUACCCCCGCCACAGAAAAUAUAUGAUCCUCCACCGCCUCCGUUGAUGCAUCCCUUAACUGCCCCUCCGUUACCAUUGGCAGCUCCACCACCACCCUUGAAAAUAGAAACAUGUAGUUUAUUACCAAACGAUCUGGAACAAGUAAGUCCUGAUUCGGAUAAAGCUACAGUUAAAUCCGAAAUCGAAGGCGAUGACAAAACAGAAGUUGACAUGGAAAUGGACGACAAAGUGGUAGAUGACGACGAAUCGCCGCCCUUUGAACCACUGGUAAACGACAAUCCCGACAUUGAGCUAAAGAUGGAAGCCGUUGAAAUGAAAUGUGAAAUCGAAAGUGUAACUAUGCAACGAAAGUUUAAGGAGGAAGAUUACAGUGCUGCUACAAUCAAGACGGAAGCAAAAGACUAUAUUAAUAAUCAGCAUUUAAAUGACUAUAUUGCAUCAAAUAUAGAUAAAGACACCAGUCGAUCAAUGGACUGCAGAAAUUCUCAAGAUUCGCAAUAUUCAAGCGUAUCUAGCGAUACACACUUAUCUCCUGUGACAAAAAAUGACCCGCCGCGAAGCUCUCAGGAAGAUGCUGUGACAGCAAAUAUAUCUGAAGAAGCUCAAAUGCCCAAAUUUAAUGAAAGUUCUAGUGAACCGAAUGGUACUAACGGCAACAAGGAUAUUGUAGACGCUGAGUUGCAUUUUGAUAUAAAAAAAGAUGAGAUAAAGUUUGAAGGAACGGAGCGUAAAAAUUUGUCCGGGUCCCAAGAUUAUUCUGUACUUGAUGAGAAUAAGCGCUCCGAAUCCGUAUGCGUCAAAACAGAAAAUAAAAACGAUACUUUUGAAUUUACGGGCAACAAUAACUCCAGUUUGGAACAAAAGGAAGAUGACAUGGAAAGGACACCUAACGCUCAGGAACUAAGUUUUGGUUCAAGUGUUGAGGACUCAACAUCAACUCCUACAAUAAACUCAAAACAGGUGGUUCCCAACGACAAGGGAAAAGAUUUUGGGGUUGAAGAGAAGUCGCUGCAGCUUACAACGCCGAAAUACCCAUCAACUUCUACACCUACCGAAACACCCACUGCAACUCCUACACCGACUUUUUCACAAAGUUCUGCGGCUACGCCAUCCCCUGUGACAACCCAAAAGAACGAAAGAGAUUAUUCCGUGAAGCACUCCUCUUCUUCAAAGCACAAGAAACAUUCGAAAGAGCGCCGAAGAUCUCAAGAACGUGAAAGGGAGAGGGAUCGUUAUAGAAGCAAGGACAGUAGACACCAUACAGGUGGUAGCGGUAAACAUUCAUCAUCGUCAUCAAGCAAGUAUUCUUCGUCGUCCUCACAUAAUAAAUCAUCAAAUGAAAAGGAAGCAGACAAGUUAUAUUCUUCACAUUCCUCGUCUAAAUAUGGAAAACAUUCCUCAUACUCUUCAUCCGAGAAACGCCACACAUCUUCGAGUUCCCACAGAGACCACUCUUCAUCAUCCUCAGCAUCGAAGCGCAGCAAGGAGGACGAUCAUCAGGAGGCUAAACAGAAACUACAGCGACGAAAGUCCACCGACUCAAAUGAUGAAGGAGACAGAGGCGACGGCGGCGGCGGCGGUGGAGGCGGCGGAAGAUCUGGUUCACAAAACAAUAAAUCAAGUAUUUCUAAUUCAAAAUCUAAAUCAAAAUCUAAUUAUGUUGGAGAGGCGCCUUCUAAAAAUAAUGAUGUUCAGAAAGAUCAGGUGUCCUCACGGAAUGGCAAUAAAGAAUGUAAACGAAACCAUAAUGUUGUAAUAUUGAGUAACCUUUUGGAGAAUCCGGAGACACAAUGUAUCGACCUGAACACACAAGGCCAUUUGGCAGGCUUAACACUGGCUCAAGCAAAUCAAUCUGCGGACCUUGAUGAAAUAGAUAAAUGUUCCGAUCUUUUGUACUUUGAAGACAUGCAGAAGUCAUUUCUAGAUAAAUUAAGCUUUCUCAACCACACAAUGGAUUUGUGUCGACGUGCAGUGAAUAGCUUACGUUUUGAUUCACCUGUAGAUGAGGGGAUCGAAGUGUUAUCAAGUGAAGAUGACUAUAAUCACAAUAUUACCUGUUCCUUGAAAAGGAAAUCAAGUUCGAAUUAUGAAGAAUUCGAGAAGACCCCGGAAAAACGUUGUCUAAUUGCCAAAGGCGAGAAUAUUGUGUUAAAAACGUCACCUUCACCAUCAGAUAUUAGUGUUAGCUCAAAGGAGAACGAAGAAAUUGACAAAAAUUCGGAAAUGAGUCAAAACUUCAAGAUGGAUGUAUCAACAUUUGUUUCGUGCAAUUCCUGAUCACUGUUGGGCGGUGCCCUCUGUAUAUCGAACCGUAUGCCAAAACUGUGUCACCCGAUCGAACGUGUUUCGAUCGCGUAGAAUAGCUGAUUUGUAGGACAACCGUUUGUUGGGAUGAUACAGUCUUUGUGGGCCUGACAGCUGCUCUAUAACCUUGAAGCAAGAUGAAAACGCUGCAAACGUUUCCAAAAAGUAUGAAGUAAUAUUUUUGUAUGCAUAUUUCUAGCUUUUACCUAAUACAACUUAAAAUGUUUGAAAUAAUACAACAGAAAAAGAAGCAA